UCCCAGCGAGAGAGCGAGCGUGAGCCACAUUCUGCGCUUCCUCAUCCUCCUUAUCCUGUGCUCGUGUUUAUUUGAUUUUAUUCUCCUUCUUAUCCUCCGCGCUCGUUCUCAGCCGCCGUGCCGCGGCCUCCGCCACCGCCACCAUGAGCUGGGGCAUGGAGCUGUGGGACCAGCUGGACAAUGUGGAGAAGCACACGGCGUGGGGGCUGGAGUUUGUCGACAAGCUGUCCAAGUUUGCGCGGGAGAAGGCGGAUAUAGAGCUGGCCUACGCCAAGCAGCUCCGAUCACUUGUCAAGAAAUACCAGCCCAAGAAAAGUUCGAAGGAGGACGAUGAGAUUCGGUACACGUACGUGUGCGCGAUGGAGAACCUGACAAACGAGGUGGGCGACUUCGCGGGCCAGAGGGAGCUCGUGGCCGAGACGCUCAUGGGGAAGGUCGCGACGGAGCUGCUGCGCGUGCACACGACGGUCAAGCACGAGCGCAAGACGAUGAUAAUGGAUGGAAAGCGCCAUCAGCAAAACCUGGAGAAUUGUGGAAAGCAGCUUGAAGUGGCCAGGAAACGGUACGAGCGGGAAUUCCGGGAGUGGGAGAAAGCGCAGCAGCUCCUGGAGAAAACGGAAUCGGAAGGCAUCAAGGCCGAGAUUGAUAAGGUCAAGCAGCAGGCCGCCCAGAGGCAGCGCGCGCACGAUGAGAGCAAGGCCGACUACGCGAUGCUGCACGCCACCUUCAACGAAGAGCAGAAGAAGCACUACUUCACCAUCAUGCCCGGCGUGUUGAAGUCCCUGCAGGAGCUCGACGGGCAGAGGGUGAGCGCGGUGGGCGCCGCCCUCACCAUCACCGCCUCCAGGGAGCAGGAGGUGCUGCCCAUUAUGUCCAAGUGCGUCGAGGGCAUGAAGAAGGCGGCGGACUCGGUGCAGCCCGACACGGAUGCACAGCGAGUCAUCGAGGCCUACAAGUCAGGCUUCCAGAUUCCAGGCGACGUCUCCUUCGAAGAUCUUAGCCAGGCGGGGUCACAUGACCUGGGAGCAUCUGGCAAAGGGAAGCUCAUUCUUUGGCCCUGGAAACGUACCAAGGGCCCCCCAGCUGAAGACUUCAGCCACCUACCCCCCGAACAAAGGCGCAAGAAGCUGCAGCACAAGAUGGAUGAAUUAAACCGUGACAUCACCAAGGAGUCGGACCAGUGCGUGGCGCUGCAAAAGAUGCGCGACGUGUACACUAAGAACCCGCAGCUGGGAGACACGGCCAUCCUCGACCCGCAGAUCCACGAGAACAAGCUGCGACUCGAUAAGCUCAAACAGGAGCUGCACAAGUACGAGACCUGGAUGGUGGAGGUGGAUGGAAAACCCCUGUCGCGUUCCAUCUCCUCUCGCACGAGCUCCUACCGAGUCUCUCAGGGACCGCCGGAGAGCCCCACGACCACGUGCCGCCCCUCGCAGCCCACCUCGUCCGAAUCGUUUGACGACGAGUUUGAUGACGACGAUGAUAUUUACGAGGCGGAGCCCCAGAAGGAACCGUUCAAGCAGUGUCGAGCCGCCUACGCCUUCCCUGGCGAUUCGGAUGGAACCAUAGCUGUGGCGGAGGGCGAGGUGCUGUGGGUGGUGGAGGCCGACACGGGGCAGGGCUGGACGCUGGUGAAGAGGCAGACGGGCCCGGCCCAGGGCUACGUGCCCACCACCUACCUGCUGCUGUGAGCGCCACCACGAGCGCGUGUCCAGCCCACAACAAAGUUCUCACCGAGCGAGCAUCUGGCGGGGGGGGGGGGGGGGGGCGGGCGGUGAGGGCGGUGCUCAUGUGUGUCCAUUGGUGGCCCUGAGCCGGCGGUGAAACUUCCAAGUUCCUAUGGCCGAGGCCAGUCUCUCGGUAUGACGGCCACUGUUGUUGACUUCUGACGAAUUGGUUGGUGCUAAUUUAUUUUCAUAAACCACGGAGAGAUCCAUGGGGGGGCGGGGGGGGGCGGGGGGGGGGCUGAAGCGACCCCCACCCCCCACCAGUUGAGCUCAUGACCAUACAAUUGUAGUGAGGUACACAAAUAAAUAAUAAAUAAUACAUAUAAUAUAUAUUCAGCAACUGAACAGCUGGCACUGUUGUCCUGAAUGUUCGACUCACAAUGCCAACGUUUGCCAAGUCGAAAUUCCAGUCAUGGGGUCGACUCAGCGGCCCAUCAUCCCUCCAGGGUGGAUAAAGUGUAGUACCAAUCACCAUUAAGUCACAGUAGAGGCCACUCUUCUGAUUGUGGGUCCCUGAAUGUGCCCUGACAGUGUAAAUAUUUUUGUCACUGGCGCUCUGAAUAUGCAUCCACAAGCGCGUAAACUCCAGGAGGGCACCUUUGACGACCGGGAGAGUGUUAUGUGGUGCUGGAACGGGGGGGGGGGGGGGGGGGGGGGGGUGUGACGUCUGCUUUGUUACCGAGGCAUUGCCCUGGAAUCUCAAGGAGCAUUUCUAACCAGAACUGGUCGCACGAUAACCAUCCUGAGAGUUGGGUCGUAUUCGCCGGGUUUCACAGCGUAGGGCCCAAAACUUGCGGUGUGAACUUCACCAGCAGCGCUGGAUUCUCACGCACCGCUACCGUUACUUUCGUUGGUUUCUCGACCCUUUUGCUGUCUGAAGACCCGGGAUCUUCACCUGCUGCUUUUUUUUCUUUCUGACGGGCCUCAAAUUAAAAUUGCCACAUAGUGCCGGCAGGCCAAGUGACAUCGCCAUGGCCUCUUUACGUCACGUGGGUUUUGUGACGUCGUUAGAAGUCUGCGCACGUGACUGCUUUUCCAUGCCUCCGCACCCCGGAUCUCCUUACCUCACUUUUACUCGCUAGCCUCAAUCCCUUUUUCAACGGCGCUCUCAUUUCUGUCUCUCGUGCACCUCUCUGUCUCAUCUCACUGAUCCGUGCCUCUUGAUGUCUCGGCGAGCCGUAUCUCCCAGGCCACUCGAGAGGCCACGAGUCGAAGGAGCCACGAUCUGAGAAAAUUCCACGGGUGACCAACUGUUGCCUGUCUUUAGCCUUGACUUUGGUGGGCCACAUUCGUCCAUGGAUCAGAACGUAAAUUGGUACCAACUUUGCUCGAGAAGCUUUCGUAGCACCGAUUUAUUAUAUGUACGGGCAACAAGAGUGAAUUAUUUGAUAACUCGGUCAUUUCAAGUGGUUAUCACGUAAUUCAGUCUGUCUUUGGCCACGUGAAGAAACUGGAUCCCACCUCAGGUGCGUAGUGACCAGUGAAAUAUCUGAUCUGGGCUCAUGGACGACAUCAUAGGAUCAGAAUCUGUAUUGAGACUGGAGGAAUCCGAUGAGCUAUGAAUGAUGUCCAGUAGGGGGCGGGUCAUGCAUACACUUCCUGUGACCAGUUGAUUAAAACACGAGGGAAUAUCACUGCAUGGUUUGUAUAUUUUCGACAAGCCAUAGCGCCGCAGUGGCGAGAUGUUAACUACCUCGUCUGGUAUACAGGAGGUCGUGGGCUCGAUCCCGACCCUAACGCCAGUAUAUUUGUUUGCAUGUUCUUCCCAUGGUCACGUGUUCAUUUUUAUUCGGGGUCUUCUGGCUUUUCCCUCCACAUUUAGAAUCAACGUGCGUUUAGAGUAUUUGGCUGCAAUACAUUUCCGCAUGAAAGCCAACUUCGUUGAGCUAUCAUUUGUGGCCAGGUCGCUUUGCAAAAGAGCUAUAAAUACAAAAUAGUUUUUCGUUUAAAUAGUUUAGUUUCCAAGUCCCGACCUUGACGUCUGCUUUGUGUAACGAGGCUCAACCCUUUCCCCUGGCUACACAAUCGCUGACCUUAAUCAAAUCGGCUGAGAGCCCAUUGAGAUCAUCACGUUAUUAAUGUGUAUUGCACGUGUAACGAUAUCUUAUUAAAUCAAAAGCACCACAGAAGGGAAAGCCGAGCAGUAGCAAUGAUUCCGAGUAACGGUUGUGUCACGUCCCUGGACGAGGAAGGGGGGGGGGGUUGGAUUCUCAUUCUUCGUCCUCUCUGGCCUGCGAGUCUCUCCCCACUUGGUGGGAGCGAGACUGCUUUGUCGGGUCCUGGCAUCGGCCUGUCAUGGUACGGGUAGAGGGAUUGCGUGUGGACAAGACGAUGUUGAAAGUUUGGGGGCGAGGGGGGGCGCAGGGGCAAACCACAACAAAGUUGAGCCACCGCAGCACCUGAGCUGUGCGCACGCCGGCACUGGCGGUGUUGGGUGGUCAUACUCUGCACGGCAGAGCACGUCAAAACGGUGCACCCGUCCGAGAUCUUCCUUUGUCACGGAUGCCGCCGCCUACAAAAAGCCCAGCGAAUUGAGAGCGAGGUUACACGAACUCGGGCAGUCGAGACAAUUGGGAGGGAGUCCGAGAGAAGUUGCCGAGGAGCGGUUUUCGGACCUUCGGCGGUGGCCUGCCGCUCGUCCGGCCGAGUGCUGAUGAUGUUUCAGCAUCGCAGUGCGACGAGAGGCCCUCCCCGCUGCACUUGCCACGGCGAUGUGGUGAAGUUCUCGCCUGGAUCGAUCGAGCGUGUGUGCGUGGGGAGCGGUGGUGUAGCGGUAGCGCGCUGCACCACGAACCCGACGACCGGAGUUCGAUUCCCGCUCGCGGACAACACCAGUGACGAUUAUCUGAACCGAUCCUCGGCCUCCUCUGGGUCGACUCGGCCUCAAAUGUGUACCUGGUGCGAUGUGUAAACAUCGCCACUGGGGAGACAAAGGCGGUCGGGCGUGGUGCUGGCCACCCACCCCCUCGUGUAUCGUUCCGGCCUUCAUAGGUGCUCGCUAAACACUUGCCCCUCCAGUCUGUUAAGGCUAUACGGGGCAUCUUUGUGUGUCUUUUGCGGCACUUGCCAGCUAGGAAUUCGCACCACCAGAACCCCGUAGCCCCGCUCAGCACGGUUGGCCACGUACCGGUGGCGCAAGAAGUUGAACUUCCGUAGAUAACGCGCUGCUGGUGACGGAUGGCAAUCCAUUCUCGUCUACAAAACAGAGGGGUAGGCGCAACGUUUGCUCUGUCACGGUGAUCGGGUUCGUUGGUUGCGUCACGAUGCCGGAUGUUGGGCAAGGUGUUCGAGGACUGUGGUUGCCCAUGCAAAGUUUUAUUGGCGUCAACGUGGCCGUGGUCGUUCUCGUGGUCAGGGCACAGGUGAUAUCGGCCAAUGUGUUUCCCCUUUGCUAGGCGCCGUGAUUUUUUUUAUAUCCACUUUUGGCACUGACCCACAAACUGACGUCCAAUCCACUGUGUGCGUAUCACAAAUCAGUUUUACGUCACAUUUUAAAACGAAUCCCAAAACCUAUGGUGUCACGCGUUUGUAAAUGUAUAUGGUUUUUUAAAUGUCCAUGCCCGAGGGGGGAGAUGAUGCACGGAACCCUACUAUAGGAAACGAUCCACCACAUGAGGACCCUUUUUCUCAUCGUCAGUGAUGAUUACUUUAUAAUCGAAGAGCGCACACGCGCAUCAUUAGAUAGUUAAGCAACAUCGCUGGUUUUGAAACGGCCCUUGCCCUAUGAAUUGCGUUGCGUCUGGACGAGACUGGAGAGCGCUUUGAACGCAUUUUCAUUCCGUUCCGGGGUUUUGUUCCACGCUGGCCGAUGCAAAGGUCGGGGAUGAUCUCGGCAUUGUUUGUAGCCACCGAUUUGAAGCACGGCUCUUGUGUGAUCCUGGGCCUCCUCUAGGUCGACUGGGCCUCCUCUAGGUCGACUUGGCCUCAAAUGAGUACCUGGUGCCCUGUGCGAAAGAUCUCCACUGGGGGAGGCAAAGGUGGCCGGGGCGUGUUGCUGCCCCCCCUCCCCCCUCAUGUGCCACAGUGCUGGCCUUCGCAGGUGCUACUCGCGAACAGCACUUGCCCCAACAGUCUGUAAAGGCUUACAAGAGGGGGGGUUCUUUUAUCUUUGUAUAUAUAAAAGCAAUGGCACUCCUCCGCCCGGUUUGAAAUUGACACAUUUUUUUCAAAUAAACGAUUCAGUGGCCAGGGCUUGCGUUGUAACGUGUCAUAAGCAUCGGAUGUAAUAUAAUUUGAAGAAAACAAAUAUUUGUAUUGUGGGACUCGCCGACCACUUCCUUGCAAGUGCCUUCUUCCCCCCGCUCCCUGAGACCAAUAAAACUUCCUUCAAAGAC